AUGUUCGCCAGACCUCGAGCGCGCAAGGUCGCCGCGCCUCCUCCGUCCAAGAAGAGGAAGGCCGUUUCCGCGGUCGAGGAGGUCAACUUCGACUUCGACGCCCGUGAGGACUACCUGACGGGAUUCCACAAGCGCAAGCUGCAGCGGGUGAAAUGGGCGCAGGAGCAGUCCGCCAAGAAGGCGAGGGAGGAGAAGAUCGAGAUGAGGAAACAGAUCAAGGAAGAACGGCAAAAGGAAGUCGAGGAGCACGUCAAGGCCGUAAACGCCAUGCUCGAGGAGGCGCAGGCGGCGGACUCGGAAAACGAUCAGGAGAUCCAAGGAGGAGACUUCGAGGAGUGGGACGGCAUCGAAGACCAGGCACAGGCGCAGGAACAGACGGACAUCGUGGACUACGAAGACGAGUACGUAGACGAAGAUCGGUACACGACGGUCAAAGUUGAGGCCAUAGCCGUAACGCGGGACGGACUCGAAAAGCUACACAAGGACAGCGACGACGAAGCGGACAGCGAAGACGAGAAGAAGUAUGAGCCCGCAGAGGAUGCGACGGCGGCGAAGAAGAAGACCUACAAGGAGAGGCCAAAGAAGCCCAAGUUUCGCUACGAGUCGAAAUUGGAGAGGUCACUGGGCAGCAGGAAGGCCAAGGCUAAGAAGAAGGCCAGGUUCAAGGACUGA